GAAGGGUCCGCGAUGCGACAACCUCAGGUCUAGAUAUAUUUCGCUUUGCCUUGUGGUCAUUCGCGGUCCGCCUCCAUCUCCUUGUUAAAGCCAUCUCAGUUGUCCCUCUUGCAGAAUCUCUUUCAUUCCAACAUUGUAUCCUCGCCUGAGUGAAAACCUUCUGAUAUCCUCCCCACUGCUGCAAGUGGCGCAGCGCUGAUAUGAUGGAGAACUUCGAAAAUAUUUAUCUCGACCUCUCGAAACAGUCUGGCCGUUGUCGUCUGGCAGAGAGCGGACUCGGCUGGAAGCCCAGUGGAACCAGCGAACCCUUCACUUUAGACAGCAACCAGAUCGGCGCGGCGCAAUGGAGUCGAGCAGCAAAAGGCUAUGAGCUGAAGAUAAUCACACGCGAUGCCGCCGUCAUCCAGCUUGACGGAUUCGAGCAAGACGAUUUCGACCGUGUCUCAAAAGCUUUCAAGAUCUGGUAUGGCAUCAACGUGGAAAACAAGGAACAUGCGCUGCGAGGUUGGAACUGGGGUAAAGCAGAGUUCGGAAGAGCAGAGCUCGCUUUCAAUGUCCAAAACAGACCCGCCUUCGAGAUCCCCUACUCAGAAAUCUCAAACACGAACUUGGCGGGCAAGAAUGAGAUUGCCGUCGAGUUCAACAUGGGACCAGAUGGCGCUCAGAAUGGCGCAAAUGGCCACAAGCCCGGAAGCACCAAGAAUCGAGGUCACAAGGCGGCCGCAGGCCGAGACGAGCUUGUCGAGAUGCGGUUUUACAUUCCAGGCACAGUAUCAAAGAAAGAAGUGAACGGAGAGGAGGGUAGUGGCGCCGAUGAGGAAGAGGAACAAAAUGCCGCCAACUUGUUUUAUGAGACCUUGAUGGAUAAGGCAGAAAUUGGGGACGUCGCGGGCGCCACAUUCGCAACCUUUCAGGACAUAUUACAUCUCACACCCAGAGGUCGUUUUGACAUCGACAUGUACGAGCACUCUUUCCGCUUGCGUGGCAAAACAUACGACUACAAGAUUCAGUACCAAUCCAUCAAGAAGUUCUUCAUUCUGCCCAAGAACGAUGAAAUGCACACGCUCAUCACUCUUGGCCUCGACCCUCCUCUCCGGCAAGGUCAGACGAGAUAUCCUUUUAUCGUGAUGCAACUGAAGCUGGACGACGAAGUCAACCUGGAUCUGAACAUGACGGAAGAGCUCCUCGAAACUAAAUACAAGGACAAGCUUGACGCACAUUACGAAGCCCCCAUUCACCAUGUCAUUGCCAAGGUCUUCAAGGGCCUGUCGGGCAAGAAGAUCAUCAUGCCCUCCAAAGACUUUGUCAGUCACCAUAACAUGAAUGGGGUUAAGUGCUCCAUCAAGGCCAACGAAGGUUUACUGUUUUGCCUGGACAAGAGCUUCAUGUUCGUGCCCAAGCCCGCCACUUACGUCCCGAUCGACUCGAUACAAAGUAUCACCAUGUCACGGGUCGGAGGAGCUUUGGCGGCGAGCCGAACAUUUGACAUCACCAUGACCUUAAAGAACGGACAGGGAGAGCACCAGUUCAGUAAUAUCAACCGCGAGGAACAACAGCCUCUCGAGGCGUUCUUCCAGGCCAAGGGUAUCCGGUUCAAGAACGAGAUGCUCGACGACUCCUCAGCCCUGUUGAAAGCUGCUCUCGACGACCAGGACCUAGCUUCCUCGGACGAGGAAGACGAUGCUGGCGUAAAUCGCGGUUCUGCAGACGAGGAUGACGAGUCACCAGAUGAGGACUUCCAAGACGAAUCGGAAAGCGACGUCGCUGAAGAAUAUGAUUCGGCCCACGAGAGUGAUGGGAGUGAUGCGGGUAGCGAUGCGGACAUGGCUGAUGCCGAUGACGAUGCUGCUGGCGCUAGUGAGGACGACGAGGAAGAGGAGCGACCGCCAAAGAAGAAGGCGAAGAAAUAGCGGCAUGGCUCUAGCAUGGACCGGCCCCGAAGAUGAGCUGGAGACCAACAAGUGCUUUGUAUAUCAACGCCGAGCAGAUGCGGAACCUGUACGGAGUAAUCAUAACUUGAACCAUGAUGCGCAGGUCAACAUUUCCCAGACAAACGAUCAGACACGAUUCUUAGCAACUUGUCGCGUCUUGGCAAAACGACAUUAACGCGACGAAAUUCACCUCUCCCCCAUAUUUAAAUCGUCUUCUUUGCGCCUCUUCUCGUGAUUCUCUCACCACGUGACGACGACAUCUUCAACAUUGAC